GACUAGUUCUUCCUCCUGGCCUCCACCAGAUUCAGACAACCGCAUCACGCGCGCGCCGCGACGCACUGCACGCACACACAGCUAGCCAGCGACCGCGCGCAUUGCCGCGGGCAGCCGCGCGCGCGCCAUGGCCGUUCACGGCGGGUACACGGAGCACAUCGUGGGAAGGGUGUCGAGCCUGGUGGCCGUGUGCACCCGGCGCGUCUCCCGCGCCACCCGCCGCCUCCUGCGCCACCGCCACCGCUACGGCGUCGGCAGCGGCGCCUCCACGGCCUCCUACCGCAGGAGGACGCGGCCCGUCGGCAGCGACAGCUUCUUCACGCGGCCGCGGGAGAAGCAGCAGCAGCAGGCCGGCAAGGGAGGGGACGGCGGCAUGGAGAUCAUGGACGAGGCAGAGGGCGACGGGGAGGGCGUGGUCUGGCGCCGCGCGAUCCUGAUGGGGGAGCGGUGCCAGCCGCUGGACUUCGCCGGCGCGAUCCACUACGACAGCUUCGGCCGCCGCCUGGCUCGCCCGCCCACGGGCCCGCGCUCGGCGUCGUCGCUCUCGUGCCGCACCUCCAGCAGCCUCGCCGCCUACCUCGAGACGGCCGAGGUCUGAUCGUCGCAGUGACCACCUAGCAAAUCGCCCUGCCUAGCUAGAUCUCUAUUUCUCGUUCAUCAUUCUUUUGUUCUCGGCCCGAAUGAUUGGUGCAACCGCGCGUUGCUUCCUUUGAUCCGGUGCCGCUUAUGUUUCUGCUGGCUAGUUGAUUUCGUCUUGAAACUCUUGAUCCAUCUGCCCUAGGGGCUAGGUCCGUCGAAUUGCACAUAAUGAAUAUCGUCUCCGUAGUUUUUUUUUUCUGUUUAUCAAUUAGUUCCUCAUUAUUUAUGUCGUCAUUGCGAUUACUUAUCGAUUUGGUGCA